ACGAAGCUCAACAAUGGCAAGAACCAAGCAGACUGCCCGCAAGUCUACCGGUGGCAAGGCACCGAGGAAGCAGCUCGCCACCAAGGCAGCGCGUAAAAGCGCACCGGCUACCGGUGGCGUGAAGAAGCCUCACCGUUACAGGCCAGGAACAGUGGCUCUGAGAGAGAUCCGUCGCUACCAGAAAUCCACUGAGUUGCUGAUCCGCAAGCUGCCCUUCCAGCGUCUGGUCAGAGAAAUCGCUCAGGAUUUCAAGACCGACCUGCGCUUCCAGAGCUCUGCUGUCAUGGCUCUGCAGGAGGCUAGCGAGGCUUACCUGGUUGGUCUGUUCGAGGACACCAACCUGUGCGCCAUCCACGCCAAGAGAGUGACCAUCAUGCCCAAGGACAUCCAGCUGGCCCGUCGUAUCCGCGGAGAGCAAUCACCGCUCAGUAUGCCUGAUCCAGCCAAGCCUGCGCCCAAGAAGGGUUCUAAGAAAGCCGUGAGCAAGACCGCCGGGAAGGGCGGCAAGAAGCGCAAGAGGACUAGGAAGGAGAGCUAUGCUAUCUACGUGUACAAGGUCCUGAAGCAGGUCCACCCCGAUACUGGGAUCUCUUCUAAGGCCAUGAGCAUCAUGAACUCCUUCGUCAACGACAUCUUCGAGCGCAUCGCUGGUGAGGCUUCCCGCCUGGCGCAUUACAACAAGCGCCACACCAUCUCCUCCAGGGAGAUCCAGACCGCAGUGCGUCUGUUGCUGCCCGGUGAGCUCGCCAAGCACGCCGUGUCUGAGGGAACCAAGGCCGUCACCAAGUACACCAGCUCUAAGUUUGGUAACACUUUACUUCACGCCAGCGUCACACUCAUCAUGAGCGGACGCGGCAAAGGAGGAAAAGGUCUCGGAAAGGGUGGCGCUAAGCGUCAUCGCAAAGUCCUUCGCGAUAACAUCCAGGGAAUCACCAAGCCCGCCAUCAGGCGCCUGGCUCGCCGUGGUGGUGUGAAGCGUAUCUCUGGCCUCAUCUACGAGGAGACCCGUGGAGUGCUGAAGGUGUUCCUUGAGAACGUGAUCCGUGAUGCCGUCACCUACACCGAGCAUGCCAAGAGGAAGACUGUCACAGCCAUGGACGUCGUCUAUGCUCUGAAACGCCAGGGCCGUACUCUGUACGGAUUUGGCGGUUAAGAUCUUCCUGCUUCUCAGAUAUAACCCAAAGGCUCUUUUAAGAGCCGCCCAACUGUUUGUAAAAGAAUAUUUCCAAUGACUGGUAACAGUUUUGAAUAUAUGUUUAGUAGACUAUAUAUGUAAAGUGGGCCACAUAUGCGUUUUUCCAUCACAACCAAGAUAUUAACUAAUAUGCGUUAUAAUAUCACAUUUUAACGUUAGGCUACAUAAACCAAUACAGCGAUCACUUGCAACACAACUUACUGCUCAGUCCGUUAUUGCCACCUCGUUUCCACAUUCCACAUAUAUUUGCGUGCGUCUCGAUGGAGUUAUACGUGUAGGCUACUAACUGUUUAUUAUAAAAUGUACCAGUGACCAGAUUUAGUGUCCAGAUUAAGAGUCAGGACAUAAAUAUAGAAGGAAAACAAACAACCAUAUAACCCCCCCACACACACACACACACACACUAUUUUAACAUUUAAAAAUGCAUUCAUUGGGGAUACAUACAGUUGGUUUUUCCUGUGUUUCCAUAUGCCAGAUCUGAACUGAAUAGCACUUUCAUUUGUUACUCAAUUGAGUUAUCAUACCAUUACAUUUAACAUAUAUAGCCUACGUUCCCUCUCAUUUUCUUACACCCGCCAUGUAUCGACAAACU